AAAUAAUUUAAACUAGUGCCCCUGAAAUGAGAUCAACCCCCAUGGGGCAUCAGAAUAAUUGUGCACAGGCUAAGCUUCAUUUAGUUACCCUAAUGAAAUCUCUUUAGGAUAGUUCAUUAUUUAUAUGGGUAUUGGAAAUCACCCAUCUCUCUACUUUAUUCAACUAUUGCUUCCUGCUGUCCCGUUCAUUCUCCUGAACGCGAGUGUAGAAGCCAUCAGUUAACUGAAGGGGAUGUCUUUGCUACAUCACUGUUCUAUCCCCUGUCUGUCCUGGCAGCCAAUCAAAUUAAAGCUAGGGCCUCCCUGCAUUGACUCAGUUUCCCCUCACGCCGCCCCUGGUGGCGAACUUAAUUGCAGUUGCGUAUUGUGUUUCUGCUCUCGUUCUCUCUCCUUCCUGUCCUCCGUCACGUUCCUCUUUGUCCUUCCUUCUCCUUUCUCUUGCUGUGACGUGUGGGACUCUUUACCUUUUUGGCCCGAGGCCUGCUUGAGUUACGGACGCAUUUGAACUGGGCGGGUGGCUGGACCACAGCUCUCGGUUAAGGGCACAGCCAGGCUCAACACAAUGUCAUUCAACUCCUGUUAAACUAUUCAUAACGGCUUGGGUGCCUGCAGGAGGCCACAAAUAUGCAAACGCUCUGUUUGAUGGAGGUGGACCAGGUGAACCUGAAGAACAGAGAUGUUUGCUUGAAAGAUUGUCAGAGGGAGGGAUGAGAUGGUGUAUCAUGUAGAGGUUAGCAUGGGUAAAGAGAUGUAGCCAGAGGCCUAGGAGAGGUUUAGGAGAAAAUAAUGCAUGUGCGGAGGUGAAGACGUUUGUGAAGGAUGGGAAUGAAGGACGUUUAGCCUAUAUAACUCCAAAUUCUAUUUAGGAGACAUUUACAUUUAAUUUAACUUUAGAAGUUAAGCGUUAAAGUUCAUAAUGUACAUAAAUAUUAAAUACUUGUUCAGUCUAUCACUUCUUUAGUCACUUUUGAGGCACCAUUUUAGUUAUCCUGCCUUGUUAUGGGGAUUUUUGCAUCCAGUGGGACUUGAAUAAAAACUUAAAAGAACUUAAAAUGUCCGAACCUUAUAAUGGCAGUGAAUGAGUUAUUCAAUAGUCCAAAAGUCCAAUAAAGUGCACCUAUCACAAAAAAGUAUGCCACAUGGCACUGGGGUGUUAUUGAAGAACUUCAUUGACGCAGAUCCAUGUGGUUUUGUAAGAAAAAUGUUGAUGUGAAAAUUGCGCAAAACGAAGAUUUGUUUAAAAUUUAUGUCAGAGGACUCUUCUAAGAGGAGAGGUUUUUCUUUUUUGUAAACAAAUCUUGGUUCUCGCAAGACUAGCAUAUUUCUACCGCUUUCAUCCACUUGUGAACUUGCACAAAACAAUUAGCAGAAGCUGGAGAUGACGGUUUAUAAAGUGACAUAUAUGGAUGCCCGUAAAAGUCUUACAAAAACUCUUCGGUUCGCUUCAGGAGGUAUUUAAGGAAAGCAGCUUUACUCAAAAUCUUUGGGGAAAUCUUAAAAAUUUGAAGAAAGAUAUUUUUGAUCAAUAAUAUGCAUUUUCUAAGGACUUAAUUUGGCAUUUUUCUUCAUAUUUACGCUUUCCGAUUCCAGAUUUUCAAAUAGUUGUAUCUCCGUUGUAUCCAAAUCUACAUCAAGGGAAAGCGUGUUUGUUCAGCUUUCAGAUUACGCAUAAAUCUACAUUUUAAACCUAUAUGACUUUUUUUCUUAAAUUUGAGUUCACUUAACCGUUUUUGGUGAAAAUCUAGUCAUGAGUCCACAGGAUCAGUGUAAAAGAUUUCUCCAGGUGAUUUUAUGACAUGUUCUUCAUGCAAUGCUACAGUAUAGAAAACAGACAAUGUAACCAAAAGCUGCACCCUAUGAUGGUAUCCUACCCUUUAGCAUGAAUAUUUCCUCCGUGUCUUACGUUGUCUUGAUGAAGUAAUGGGAACGGAGCCGGUCAAGUGUAUUUAUAUUUCAGUUGAUUCAUAAUUCAUCAUGCCUUAAAUCAUGCCUUGAUUAAUUUGACAUCAAACGUGGGCUGUUAAUAUUUAGUUACAAAGCAUGUAUGAUGUUACUGUUUCAAUUUGAUAAUGAUGCUCCUUUUUUAAUCAGGCUGAUGUGGCUUCAUACGCCGUAAGCAACCAUUCUCGUAUUCUAGGAUCCGAUUCGCAAGGCCACGCUGAGGCUCUCCUGUCAAAAAAACACGUUUGCCAGAGGGAUUGCCAUUGUACCCUGUCCAAGUUCCACAAAAGGAUUUUGACUCCAUUUCAAGGAAACAAUAACGCAGGUAGGGUGGAUAACAUCUCAAUUUCCUUGUGGGAGAACGAUCCAUUAAACAUUGGCACAGACUAUAACUAAAAGGCCCGGUGGGUCUUUAAUUGAGCGACGCAGAUGGACCAGCCAGCGCCACCAGCGUCAUCAUGGCUGGAGAUCGAUGUGGAUUUGGGUUUUGCCCUCUUUUUUCUCCUUCUUCUCUGCCUUUUCUUAUUGGUCACCGUUGUGCGUUGCGCUCAAACUGUCGUGGAUCCGUACGGAGCCAUUUCCACCUCCACCUACCAGGAGGAGCAGAUAAAUAACUGAUAUCCGAUCUUGCCAAACCAACACAAAGGAUUCUUAUGAAAAUGUCUGUG